AUGUUAGCGGAUGGCAGAGGCGUCUCAGCCUCGUUUUUACCAAACGGUAACGUCAGACAAGCACCGGUGAUACCCCAAAUUUUACCCUCUAAUAAAAUAAUCAGCGACGAGGUGUAUCAGUACUUCGAUGUAAUCAUCAACUCCUGGAUCCUGACUCUUAUCUCCGCGCUGGGCAUCGUGACAAACUCAUUGAAUGUCUUGGUGUUCAUUAAACAAGGUUUCCGUGACAGUAUCAACGUCUCCUUAAUGGCCAUAACCUUAUGGGACUUUCUCAGAUGCCUCGUCGGCUUCCUCCACCGGAUGUACGUCCCGAUCAGCCUCGUUUCUACCGUCUUCGCCACGACAUGGAAAAACGCAACUUUCCCUUACGCGAGUUACACCCCAAUUUUCGCCGGUUACGUGUCCUACGCCUUGACCACAUACGUUUCUAUUGAAAGAUGCUUAUGCGUCAGCCGACCAUUCACCGUCAAACUACUUUUCACGCCUCUGUUUACGUUCGCCAUGGUAACAACAAUUUCCGCCGUCGUCUUCGGGUCUUACGCAGUCAUGUAUUUCAUUUACGACGUCGCUUUUGUGUUCAACGCGAGACUAAACGACACCACCGCAGUAUACCAGUACAACAGCUUCUAUUACAAAAACCAAAACCUAGUGAUGGUCUACUACAAGUACGUCGGAAUUCUUCUCCCAUUCGGGAGCUUCUUUAUUCUAUGUGUUAGCUCAGCCACAACCGUAUAUUUCCUCAAAAAAUCUUCCACUUUUCUCAAGCAAGAAAAACGCGACCUCAACGUUUCAAUGACUUCAACAAAAAGAGCAUCCGGGAUUUCCCAAAGAGAAAAACAAGUAGUAAAGAUGCUUCUAGUUGUUAUUCUGGUCAGUAUUGGGACACUGCUCCCACGCCUGGUCUUCUACAUAGCACAGCUGCUGGAGCCGGAGCUGUACCUGCUCCGACGCUACAACAAUGAGUUCUACGUUGUAGCCAUGUGGCUGUUUGCGUUGGAUUUCGUCAACGCUUCGAUCAAUCUUUUCAUUUUUCUUGCCAUGAGCUCCAACUAUAAAUCUACUUUUUCUUCUAUUUUCCAUCACCGAGACAAAAAACCACGAACAAUUCUACUUUAA